AUGGCGGUCCUCGCCAAAGUCGCAUCCGGUGUGAAACGACGUAUCCCAGCCCCUAAACCCUCCCAACCAGCCCUUAAUGCCCACCAGAACAAGCCUCCGCCAGUUCCGCAGGCGCCCGAUCUGAGGCGCUGGAGCGAUUUCAUGAAUCCUUUUCCACCUGUAGGACCUGGUGGAUAUACCAAAUAUUACAAGUCGCGGAAGGGUGGAGCAGGGGGAGAUUUGGAGAGUCAACUGCAAUUCCAGCUUCCUGAACUAUGUCGGUUGAAUUAUGCUAUCCCUCCGCCGCCGCGAUCGAUACCACCCGUACCCCCGACCAGACCUCAACGACCGACGGUGUCGACGACGACGACGACGACGACGAAAACAACGACGCAUCCGAGGUCCGAUAAGGCCACCAACAAUCUCAGGCAUAGAAAAUUAUCGUCGAUUGCCGAGUCCACCUCUGAGACGACGCUCGCUGGGUCGUCCGAGUCGCCGGCGACGGCUACGGCCAGUACGACGACAGCUUGUACACCAGUGCGACGGUCCCUCCGCCGCCAAAAACGACGCCUUUUACGCACCCCGAGCAUCGAGCGUGAUUUUGGAUCGCAUGCUGGAGGUUUAUUCGCCUCUCAAACUGGGACGCUUGACCGUUCUGGAUCCGCUUUUUCAUCUCGGACGUCAUCAGAGGAGGGGGGAGCUUCUAGUGCGUCGUCGAGCUCGGACGACCAUUCGUCGCCUACUUCCACGGACUCCGACAUGCCCUUGACCCCGAGAGACGAGAUCACGGUUGUUGUUGCGGGCAACGAGAAGAAGAAGAAGAAUAGGUAUGGGUAUCAUGAGGGUGGUGGUGGUGCACAGGGCCAGUUGGUGGCGAAGAAGCAGGUGAUGGUUAUGGUGGGAGGAGGGUACCAGGGUGUUCGAGUUGAUCAUGGUGAUGAUGAUGACGGGGAAUGGGAAGAUCUUGAACCGGUGUAUCCCUUCCAACGACCUGAUAGUCGAUCGACCUAUCGUACAGCACGGUCAGAGUUCUCAGAGUUGUGA